AAACUUAAUUCUCAAUUCCUAUUUUCAACAUUCACAUAUUCUAUAUAAACUUGUUAAAAGUGAAACUUAAAAGUACAAUCAAUCUUCAACAAUGUCUUACAACCACAAUCAAUCUUUUUUCAUGUUAUUAGUUAUCACUUUGUCAAUAACAAGUUGCUAUGUAAUUCAAGCAGAAGCGCGCUAUCUUCUUGAAGUAACUAUUCCUGAGCUUCCUAAGCCUGAAAUGCCACAACUCCCGGAGAUCCCAACUAUACCAAAGCCUGAAUUUCCUGAAAUUCCAAAACCUGAGCUACCAACUCUACCAAAGCCUGAACUUCCAACAUUGCCAAAACUCGAGAUGCCUGUCAUUCCUAAGCCUGAACUACCAACUUUGCUAAAGCCAGAAAUUCCUCAAGUGCCUAAAAAGCCUUGAGGAAAUAUAUAUGAAAUGCUCUUUGAUUC